AUGGCUCAUCAACCGGUUGUUUCAAGCACUCCUCCGAGAUCCCCUGUACCAGCGGCAGAGGCAGCAUCUCCAACAACUACACCAGCCACCGCCGCACAGUCACCUCCGGCUGUGGCCUUGACGGCCACUUCGCCGAGCUCUGGCCAAUCGCCUGGGGCUGCACCAGUAGAGGGACCACCAGACACGGCUUCUCAGUCGCCAAAUGCAGUUGUUGAGGCCCAAGACGAGACCGAUGAUGGUAGUGACGGCUACCAAUCCGCGUCCGAAAGAGAGUCCAACGCAUCAACUACGCUGGCAUCCACAAUUCGUGAUUUCAACUUUGAAAACAAAAGGAGAUACCACAAGUUCAAAGAAGGCAGAUAUGCAUUUCCUAACGACGAUGCUGAGCAAGAAAGGGAGGAUAUGAAGCACUCCAUGGUUGUCACACUCUGCGGCGGGGCACUGCACAAUGCGCCCCUCGAGAAUCCUCAGAAAAUCCUAGAUGUCGGAACCGGGACUGGCAUUUGGGCAAUUGACAUGGGUGACGAAUAUCCGGAAGCAGAGGUUACGGGAAUUGAUCUCAGCCCUAUUCAACCUCCAUAUGUCCCAGCUAAUGUUGCUUUCAUCGUCGACGAUGCUGAAGCCGAAUGGUUGUACCCAGAAAACUCUCUUGAUUACGUUCAUGUUCGAAACAUGGGAGCUGCAAUCAAAGACUGGGAGAAACUCCUUGCCCAAGCGUUUCGCGCCUUGAAACCAGGAGGCUGGAUCGAACUCCAGGAGAUGAAGUGGAACUUCAAUUGCGACGAUGACACAAUGUCCCCUGACUAUGCCCUCACUAAGAUGAUGAAGCUUGUUUGGGAAGGCCUCGGGAAGUUUGGCAUCGAAGCAGAUGUUGCCGACGUCAACCCCAAGCGUAUCGACGACGCGGGCUUUAUCAAUCUAGUACAAGAUGUUAAAAAGGUUCCCGUGGGCGAGUGGCCAAAGAGAGAAGAUCUGAAAAUGAUCGGAGCAUACUGUAAAGCUGUUCUCUACGACGGCAUACAUGGAGUCACGAUGGGGCCACUCACACGAGGCCUGGGAUGGUCUGCUCCUGAGGUCGAGAUUUUCCUGAUUGAUGUACGAAAGGAUCUACUCAAUACUGGCAUCCAUUCGUAUGUGUUCUACCACUCCGUUGCAGGACAGAAACCGAGGGAGAGUGCCGCUUGA